CUCCCGCGCUCCUCGAUGUCUCCCCGGCGGGGAGGACGCUGCCUGCGACACCCGCCGAGCGGCGCCCCCCGGAGCGCCCCGCUGCCGCCCCGCGGGGACGAUGAGGGCGGAGGGCGCCGACCACUCGAUGAUCAACCUGUCGGUGCAGCAGGUCCUGAGUCUCUGGGCCCAUGGCACGGUGCUGAGGAACCUCACGGAGAUGUGGUACUGGAUCUUCCUCUGGGCUCUCUUCUCCUCUCUGUUCGUCCACGGUGCUGCAGGCGUGCUGAUGUUUGUGAUGCUGCAGAGGCACAGGCAGGGCAGAGUGAUCUCUGUCAUUGCUGUCAGCAUCGGCUUUCUGGCUUCUGUAACUGGAGCAAUGAUUACUAGUGCAGCAGUGGCAGGCAUCUACAGAGUGGCUGGGAAGAACAUGGCCCCCCUGGAGGCCCUGGUGUGGGGCGUGGGGCAGACUGUACUGACCCUUAUCAUCUCCUUUUCAAGGAUCCUCGCGACACUUUGAGGUUCUGAGGGAAUGUCUUCUUAACUAAGAAAACAGAUGUCCAGCUUCCCCGGAAAUGGCCUUGUUAACCAGCUGAAUUAAAAUUGUACAAGCAGGGACCCAGCAAGUCAAAACCUAGGAAGACCUUGAGCCGUGUGGAAAGCCUGCCCUCUGGCGUCCAAGCGAUUGCACUACCGCACCGCACCUUACGUGCCUCCACCCCAGGCAAGGUGCACAGGACACUAUGUGAAGCUGCAAGAAAAAGCACCUUGUUUAGCUGCCAAUCAGGUUAACAUUGGUGUUGAAACCAUCUUUCUCAACAGUGUUGUGUUAAGUUACAGGGACGUUUUGAGAAAUGGAUCUAUGUGCCAAACUUUUGUUUCUGUUAACAUUGAUCAUGUGACAGUUUGCAAGUGUAGAGUGCUGUGAAUAUACUUGACAUGGUCCAGGUAACGUAGUCAGACUUCGUUUGUAAUGCUAACUCCCAUGUGAAUACCGAAUCCCAGGCUUUCAAUACUAAGGAAGGCGUUUGGUUUCUAAAGCUGAGUGUUUCGGGAAUUUGGGGCUUUAAUAUGUCUAUGUGUUGUUAUUUAAUUUAUGUGAAAAACAAUAGUCUUCUUAAUGAAGACUAGCUGAGCUGUUCUAAGGACUCAAAUAGACUUGGAGGGUGCAUACUUUUCAGUAACUCACACCCUUUUAAUAGUUUCCCUUAUACAUUAUAUUCUAUUUAUAUGAUUCAAAACCUUUCUGGGUCAAACAUUGUCACUUGUGUGUCACAAAAAUAUAAUUUGAAAAUUUUCUUAUAAAUUUUGUAAGAAAAACUCUAAAAUGCAUGUUGCAUUCUUCAACCCUUCUAGAAUGUUUUGCCUCAUAUGUCACAGAACACAACCUGCUAACUCGUGUUGCGCUGGGACCGUGUUGCGUGGUGUACAUGUCUGGGCAGUCUUUGAUUCUGGAGUACUAACUGCUUAGAAAGUGGCCUAAAUUAGGCUGUGGGAUUUAAAAUGCCUCAUUUAUAGAAAAAUAAUAAGUACUUUACAUAGGAAGAGCAGUAAUUUACCUUACCCUGUACUUGUGGCAGCGUUAGAUUUACACUAAGCGCAAGCUGGGGACAUAGUGUAUCAUUCUACAGGCUGGCAGUUAGUCUGAGUGUGUCAAGACAGCACAGAACCUUUGUCUGAGGAGUUUGUUUGCGUGGUGUCAUUUGAGUUUGUGUUCUAAGUUAUUACCUGAGUCAAGAGUGUCUCUGAUCACAUUCAUUAAAGUAGAAUUGUGCUUUGUCUAUAAAACCUUUUAGGAGGCUUAGAAGAACACACAGUUGUUUGUUAUGAAUACAAGCAGUCUGAAAAGUCCAAACCCUGGUUGAACUGAGUAUGGGAGGGGGUUGACCAGUUGUAAUUAUAAACGUGCUAACUUAAGGGAAGAUCCAUUGUAGAGAUUGUGAAUGAAUUUAUGACUAAUCUAAAAAACAGUGGAACAACCUAAGCUCCUUAAUUUAGUUUGAAGACUUUUAUCAUCCAUACCCUCUUAUCUCUAGCAAAGAGAGUAUCUUAGCAGUUUUUGGAGGGGAUGCUUUUGCCAGUACAUAAACCAGUUUAUAACGUGGCUUGGAAAUUUAACAACCUCCAAAAUCAGCCAGUAAGCACGUCUUCCGCGUUAGAGAUAUGGGAAAACAAGUCUUGAGAUGGUCUUUGUGUGUGUGUGUACAAGCUUGCUGUUUCUCCCAUGCAUUCUUUAUAUUCUUAAUCUUUUCUGAAAUGAAACCCAGGCGUCUUUUCCAGAUAGACUUGGCUUCCUUUCCUGUUGGGCUGAUUUCUGCCCUUCUCUCAGACGGCUUGUCAGGAAUUGAGAGCUUUGUGUGCCACUGGGAGAACUGCUAACACGGACAGUGUCUCAUGUACAGAACAGAUAUUUAUUUUAACAUGGUUAUUUUAUGUUCUAAGAAAGUUAUAAUAUGAAAUAAUAUGGAGCUCAUUGUUUAUAAUCUAAAAUUAAUUAGAAAUUAAAUUGAUACAUUGAAUAUGUGAAUGAAUGGACCAAAGAGACCUGAGCUCCUGUUUCUGCUCUAGAAGGGUUAAUUAUUAUUUUAUAGAGUGUCCUGAAGUCAUCUCAUCACCCAGCUGAUUUGCAUUAAGCAUUGUGUUUGUAUAUGAAUAUGUGUGUAGUUUUAAUUUCUUCAGUUAUUUCCAUUGGGAUUUUGUGUAACUAUCACUUGGUAUUUUGAAGUGCAGUUGAAUAGAAUGGAUUUAUGAAACUAUCUAAAUAGCCAUUUAUAUGGUGAAGUUUUCAAGAAGUUAGCUGUUUCUUAAAGAGACAAAUGUUUAAUGAUAUAUAUAUAUACACACACAAGUAUAUCAUUAUAUACAUAUAUAGAUAGCUAUAUAUGAAUACAGUCCAAUUGGAAAGCUUUGCUUGAUGAACAUUUUCCUAUUCUACUGGAGAAGUUGAUAUAUUUGUUCAGUUAAAUGAUCUUUCAAAUAGACUGGAGGGUAUUUAAGAUUUUUGCUGGAGACCCUUUUUUUGGGACAUGACAAAAGCUCUCACCAACAUAGUCGGGUUCCACCUUCUGAAAACUCAGCCAUGGUUUAGCAGUAAAUUUUCUUCACGACAAAUUAAAACUCUUCAGCACCAGGGCCUCAUGUAGGUUCCCUGUUAACUUCCCUGAGAAGGAGGUGCAGGUCAUGGGCCCUGGUACAGUUUCAUCGGCUUCUCAGGGGACCUGAUGCCAGUGUGGAUUUAAAUUGAAAGCACCACUCUUAGUUUGAAUCCUCAUAUAUAUCAGCCAGUGUUGAGGUCUCACCCAGAGCACUUUCUUAGUAUUUGUAACACAGAAUUCCACUGCUGUUUUUCCAAGGGUUUUGUUUAUGAAAGGAACAAGGUUCACUGAAUGAUUUAAGAUCAAACACUGCUGUAGGAAAUGGUGCUUCCAGGAUCUUUCAUUUGCAGUGGAAGGCAGGGUGGCCUCUUUAAGGUGCCCAGGCUGGCAUUCACUACCUAGCUCUGUUUGGUGAGUUCCCUUCCUAGAUCUCCUAUGUAUAAAGAUGCCAGAAAUAGGGUUCCCUCACCCAAGUCCACCAGGAGCUGGUGAAGCGAUUUCAAACCCUGAAAAACUUGUACUAGUACCUUGUCACUUCCCUCGCGACCCAUCCUCCUCUUCCUUUUCCCAUCCAAUCCUCUGAAUUGGGCAUUUCAGUGUCUUAGAUGUUGCUCUGAGCUAGUAGAGAAAGGACUAGAUGGUGCAGUCUUAUAUCUAGGCUCUGUCGCCUUUGUUCACUCUGGUCUGAGCAGCAUUUAACCACUCUGAGUUUCAGGUCUCACUCUGAAAUGUGAUUGAUACCCGCUGGGUAGAAUAAUGCAGAUAUGACAGUUGGUGGUGGUGGUGCCCCGGCAUAAAGGUGUAGAUUACAGCAGGGCUGUCACCACUGGGCAAUGUGGGAGGUGUAGCUGUGGCCAGCAUUUCCUCCUCCACUGUCAUUUCCUAGUUACUUCUUUGGGUUAAUUUAGAAUAUUCAUUGACUCUUUACCAUAUGCAAAUCACUGUCCUUGUUUUAGCUCCCACCCCUCCUGAUCGCCUAUCAUCUGUCAUCCUGAGCAUUUGGGACUUCUGUGUCCUGUCACUGCUGGCACUGGCUAUUGUUUUGUUUGUUACCUAUUUUCUAUUUAACCUUAAAAAAAAACAGUACCUUAAAGUUAUGCCAUUUUAUAAUGCAGGGAGCGCCAAGAUGAUGAGAGCAGUUUCUGAACUGUAUGCAGACCACAGUGCUCUUGCCAUGUGGAAGCAUUCUUUAGGAGUGUUUUAAAACACUCCUUGGAAACAUCUCUGUUUAUUUUGUUUGUAAGAUAUGAGGAACAUAGAAAAAUUACUGGGGAAUUUCUGAUGGGUUUAGAUUGCAGGGAAGUGUGGUAACACAAGUUGAGUAUAACUGGGUAAAUUACUGUUUCCUUUUAAAAUGAGGGGUUACAGUCUCUGGUUAAAUGUGACAGUCAUCUAGUGUCUCCUGAUGAUUGUCCAUGAUAUCUCAUCCCUUUGAAACUGUUCAGGAUAUAAAGGACAAUAUUUGAUUUUAAAAUACAAUAUUUUUAAAAUGUAUAAUCUCAUUUGUAACAGGAAGGUUCAAAGAGGAGGAAUUGUCAGUGCACAGAAGCAUAUGUGAUAAAGUUCCCUGUGUUAUCAAGCAGUGAGACACAGAUUUGCUGAUCCCUCACUCCAGGAGUGUGGGCUCUGUCACACACGCACUUUAUUCGUAGUGCAUUUUGUGUGUGGUGGACUUGCCCAUCUCCCUUGCGGAUCCCUGUCUCCUGUAGGUGAUCCAGGGUGGGGUGGCGGUGUCUGAAUUUGCCUAUGUCAGAACAUAGCUGGGAUUUGUUUGGGAGGAAUUAAUGUUAAAUAUAUGAAAUGUUUUCAGUAACCAAGGAGAGGCACUGGCUAACUCUUCAUGAGGAUAGUGGCAGCAUCCACCUUUCUGAGCAAGCUGAGCUGUGAUCCAGAAUCAUUUCUUAAUUUAGGAGAUUGUCUCUCACAUUCUUUACCUGUGUGUGUGGCACGUGUGCUGAGCUUAUGUCAUGGUUUCCUUGGUUUUUCGAACUGAUUUAUUUAGCAGUUCCUCUAGCAAUUUCGCUUCUUUCUAAAGCAGUUAUCAGAUGUCAUUAUUUAGAUGUGCACAGUUCCUUGAUCGAAGCUGAAGUGCUGGCCCAGAGCGAAUAUUCAGUACCCUUCUUUAUGCGGUGGUUAUCUCGUGGAAAGGGAGUAGCUGAACGCACAGGUUGGGGCUGGUGUGGAGGGGGGUGACGAAGGGAAGGACAGUGUGAUGUUCAUGUUUUCCUUUAGAUGAUAUCCUGUACCCAUCCCCUGUGUGUGUAGGCUCAGCUCUUCCCUUUUGGGGAAUUAUCAGGUCUGUAUGUAAACUGGGAAAAAGUAUGGCAUUAAAUACCUAGAAAGAGGAACUCUGAUGCAUGAUCAUCUGAACCCCAUAACCAGAGUACUUUUCCUCCUAGAUAUAUAUUGGUAUAAUUACUUUUUAAAAAUUAACUUCUUUAGAGCCUUGCCUAAAUGAACAGUAUACUGGAAAUACUACUGAUGUUAAAAGGCUUAAUUUUGCUUUUAAGUUUUAUGUGUUUGAGGCAGGGUCUUACUCACUGUGUAGCACAGGCUAGUUUUGAACUUCUGAUCCUUGUGUCUUAGCCUCUCAAGUACAGGGAUUAGGGGUGUGUGCCACGUGCUUGGCUCCUUCUCUUUAAAUCAAAAUGUUUAUGUUUAUUACUGAAUAUGGCUGGGAUGGAAUAGCUUUUUUCCUGCAAAGAAAAACAGAAGCUUUUGUUUGCAAAGUUUUUCUUAGUGUUUAUGAUAGUGGACACAAUUUCCACAGAGUAAUAUGGAAAGAUCUGACUCUCUCCCUAGUACAUGCCUUUCGUCAUUAGCUUUGCCUGUUUAGAUAGAUAAAUAAGAAGUCCUCCUUUUGCUCAAUUUAGCCAUAUAACCUGGCAGAACAUCUACCUGUGGUUCUACCCUCAGUAUUAGCUCCUGCCUUAAGAUGUCCCUGGCUGAGGGAGAAGCUUUAGCUCUGUGCUAGUGUGGCCUUGUUCAAGUAGUGAGUCUAAUUGACCCAGCAGACAGUACUAAGAAACUCGCUUUAAAAUUCCAGUAAUGCUCAACCCACUGAUGAAUCAUUUAGCUGACCCACAGUACAGUUUAUAAAAGCUGAAUGAUGUCUCAGUGCCUUGAAAGUUAAGAGACUUGUGCAGAGUGGACUAAGGGAGCUCUGGGGUUGGUACCAGUGAGCUGGCUUUGCCUGUACCACCUACAAUGAGACUCCAGAGCCAGCAUGAGCCACUGAGACCAGUCCAGCUGCUAACUUCAUAUGGUUCCCUAGAAACCAGCCAGCCACUGUAUGACAGGUGACCACUACUUUCCCUGUCCUUCACCACAUGGCAUUUUCCUCUGGUUUUUGUUUUGUUUUGUUUCAUUUUCCAAGCAAGUAUGAAAUGGGGGAAAAUGUUGUCAAGCAAAUUAAGUGUGGGAUUUUAAAGUUGAGUUUUACGGCAGAGAUCCCUGUGUGAACAGUGUUAGUUAAAUAUUGUAGUACAAAGACAGACUUUAUGUAACCUUAGAAAUAUGUUUGCCAUCAGGGAUUUAUUUUUACAAUAAAAAUACUAAAUGUACUGUGAAGCUUAAAGACAGGAAGAACAGACAUUGGAGGGCGCUGCUCAAACAGGAGUGUGUGUGUUGAAGUACCUGCGUUGUGUGAACACAAUCCUCCCUUCUGCUCCGGCUGUAAACUACACUGUAUGAAUAUGUGUACUGCAUGUUUACAUAAAACACUUUCAUUUGGAAGGAUUAUUUAAACUAUGUUUAUAUGUAAUACCUAACAGGCUGUAAAUAUUGUAUACUAUUGAUUUUUAAUUUUAUAUGAGCGAUUUUUUUAUUUCCCAAGUCAUGUACAAAUCUCAUUGUGUAUAUAGCAUAACUCCCUGAAGAACACAAAUUUUGCAGUGAAUUUUAAGUAUUUUAAUUGCAGAAAGCAUCGGGUUAGCCUCAAAGAUGCUGGUCCUUAUUUUAAAUUAUUUUUCACCACACAUUUUCUUCAAAGGGCAGCAAUAAACAUAUGCAAGUUCAUUUCGGUUCUUGAAAGUUGGCCUGUGAAAACAACUGCAGUUCAAUCCACUGCUGUGAAGGAGAGAUGCACAACUCACUCCAUCCCGCGUCUGGUCCCAGGAAACCUCUGAGAUCCGCACAUGGCUCUCCUCUUUGUAAUAUACAGGGUGAACCGCUGUAGACACACAGAGCAUCUGUUAAAGCGACUCCAGCACUUCAGUGUCAUUACACAGAAUUUAUUGGAUUAAAAUUUGUAAUAUAUAGUAUUUUAAUAAAGUUUCUGUAUUCAAUUUCAUGCACUUAUAUAUAAAUAAACCUGUCUUCAAAAGCUUUA